AUGCCGAUGACUCGGGUGGUUUGCUUGCCUAAGGUCAACCUGCAACUGCGGGCAACCAAAGAUGUCAUUAAUCGCUGUAACUGGCUACGCAAUAUGAUUGAAGAAGAGCUGCACAGCUGGACUGAAGACUCUCUAAACAUGCGCGAGGAUCUGGAGCGCAGGCUGAGGUUGGUUGAGCAGCGAGAGAUUGCUCAGUUUCUCGAACUCGGCUGCGCAUGCUACGAGCUGUGGGGAAGUUUUCGCCCACCUGACGAGAUGGAAAGAGAAAUGUACACUCAGCAGAUGAUGGAUACCUGGUUGCGCAAUGAACUAGAGAUGCAAUUCCGGGACUAUCUGCAGACAACCCGCAAGGUCAGGACUUUUGUGCAUUGGAUAUAUGAGGGCGUGUAG